AUGCCCCGAAGAGGACCCAAGAAACCUGUCAAACGAUCAAAGACAUUCACUGGAUGCUGGACCUGCCGGUCCCGGGGCGUAAAAUGCGGCGAGGAAAAGCCGGCAUGUGUUAGGUGCAGCAAAGGUUCAUUCCAUUGUGAGGGCUAUGGGGUCAAGCUUGUUUGGCCAGACGAGUACAACAGGAAUCCCACCGGCGCCCAAAGACGCUUGUUCACUCAGCUGCAGGAGUGUGAGGGGCCCACCCUCAGUGAAGUACAACUCGAUAUCUCUCUAGAGACUUUAGAUGCAGCAAUUGUCGUCGAUCAAGAGCAAGAUGGCCCUUUUUCAGUUUUCCGUCUCCCAUCUUCUCGGGGAGACGUCGCCCCGGAGCACUUGCGUCUUUGGGCUGAUGUGGAAUCAUCCAACCUAUCCAUCUUAAGAGACGGGGUUUCGCCGCUUGCAGGUUCUCAUUCCAAAGAUUCCUCUAUGUCAACAAUAUUGCGGGAAGUAAAUGAUAAUCAAGACGACAACUUGGAUACCAUUUUGGUCACGUCCAACUGGCCACCAGAAACACCAAUUAUCCCAGAAACCGGCCAUGCUUCUGUUAAUAGAUGCCGUUCUUCGCCCCGCCUGCAGGACUAUGUGGCAUCUGAAUGGAGUCCGUGGACUGAAGAUUCUAUCAAUCAUUUCGGACUCUUUGGAUAUCCCGAACCCAGAGAGGAUCGAGAAUUGAUGCAUUAUUGGAUAACGCAUCUCAGCGACCUGAUGAUAUCGGUUGGCUACGCAGAUAAUCCUUACCGGGCUGUCUGGGUUCCCAUGGCUCUACAAUCAAUGGCAGGAAAACAUACAUUGCUUGAGAAUUCUGCUCUGCUUCAUGCGAUCUAUGCAUUAUCGGCCUUCAAUAAAUCCCAGCGAGUAGAAUUCAAUACCCUAUCAGGCUCGAUGAGCGCCAUCAAACAUUACCAACUGAGUCUCAGUUACCUCCGACAGGCAUCGACGCAAAGAAGGGAAACGCAGCUGGAAGUUGUGCUGGCUGUCAUCAGUGCUCUAUCACUCAUGGAAGUCAUAAGUGGCAAUUUCUCCUUCUGGCGAGGCCAUUUGAAGGGUGGCAGGGGAUGGCUUCACUCGAUUGAACAGGGGAAAUGGACUCACUUGCAAAAGUCGAUGACUUAUCAAUUCUUCCUGUUUACCGAAGUCAUUGGAUCCACUAUCCCAGAGGCUGCAGCCACUACAGUGGCAAAAGCCACCCAUGCAGUUUGUGACUCGGACUACGUGUACGACCCAACAUUUGGUGUUACGAGCAUGUUCCUAGAGACAGACUAUGUUCUUGAUCAAUACUACGGCAUCACGAAACCGAUAUUGGAGGCUAUCAUACAUAUCAAUCAUCUUUCCACUUCUCUUCACCGUCCCUCCGAGAUCGAAUUGGAAGGGCUUGAGAUCAAAAUUCGGCUUAAUAAACCGAUGUCUGCAUCAAACAAACAAGGGAUUCUCGGCCCGGAGAGACUGGUGAUCAUGGAUUACCAAAUGGUCUUUUAUCAUGCUUGCUAUAUCCAUUUCAAACAUAGUCUACUACACACUCUUUCAGAAGACCUCCAAGGAACAGUGCGCCAGAGUCUUUUGCACUUACGAAAUAUUGAAAUCCACGAGCUUACCUCCGGAUACUGUGGAAUCCUAUGGCCGAUGUUUGUGGUCGCGUGUGAAGCCGACGAAAGCAAGUCACGAAACGCAUUCUUCAGGUGGUUUGCCACAAAGUCGAGGUUGGGUAUUGGAAGUGUGAGUUUGGCUUUGGCUGUAGUUCUUGAAGUAUGGCGCAGGAGGGAUACCGCAAGGGUCCACGAUAAAGCUAGCUGCUUUGUCAGUUGGGGAAAAGUUAUGGCGGAAAUGGGAUUGGACUUAUUUAUUAUUUAA